CAGCUGGGCCCAAAAAUUAAGAAAUGGUCCAUGGAUGUAUCAGAAUUAAGCCCAACACCCAGACAAAGUCUCAAAAUUGAGAAGAAGGCUAUACAAUUUAUAAUAAGCCGAAAAUGCCCUUUGGCUGGCUAAUGUAAAAAAAAAAACAAAAUCCACGUUGGAUUUGCAAAUCGUUUUCCCCAAAAUUGAGAGGCGUUUUCACAUUCCUGAGUGUCUCCCUCGUUCCCGCCCAAAGAAUGCCCUAAUCAUCUCUUCAUCUUCAUCUGGAGUUUGCCGACCAUCCGAUUUUAGGUGUAGACGGUGGAGUUUUUCAUCUCUGUCAAUCCAUUGGUCUCGACGAUCACCACCGGAUUUGGGUUCCGUGGCGAAGUAGUUGAUAGUAGGUUCAGCAAUUUCAGUUUAUGAUUCAUUUCGGCUAUCCCGACCAUUUCAUUUCAGCCCAAAUACAUUGCCCUAAUUUAUCUGGCGAUUUCAGUGUGCCAUUAAUCCCCACCGUGGGUGUCGUCCCGUGCUGAGCAUUGAGGAGGGAGCUUCUCUGACCAUCAGGUGCCCGUUAUUCCAAGGUUGAAGCUUACAACAAUCAUUUCAUUCUUCUAUGGCCACUACUGAGUCCACCAGAUUGUCUACACGGUGUUCAUCUUCAAGGUUUCUAAAACUAUGCAACAGGCUCCCUGCUGAUAAAUUGGACGUGGUUCGAGACCUUCAGUUUGGAGGUCUUCUUCACUUAAAUUGCAAGGAGAUACGGCAUAACAUCUGUAUAUGGCUGAUUGCCCAUUUUAACGUUGGGUUCAGACGCAUUGACAUUACAGCCGACAAAAGGUAUGAUCUGACAGCUGCUGAUGUCGGCCUUGUCUUUGGCCUCCCGACGACUGGACGGAUUCUACAGAUUGCUACUACCCCGUCUGGUCAUCCGUUCGGUACCCUCAACACAUGUGAGGAGAGACUCCUCAACUUACCUAUUGGGGAGGAGUUUCGUAGAUGCUUCAUUUACUACACGUGUGCGACGCUAUUAGCCCCCACCUCAAGGAUUGAUGGAUGCCGAAACUUGUGGCAUACCAUCCAUGAAGAUGGUUUCAGAAAUGAUGUUAAUUGGGGCCAAUUUGUUCUUGACCAGCUUGUGGAGGGUAUAAGACGAUUUAAGCAAGGGAACAGCGUCUGGGUUCAUGGUUGCAUUCUUUUCCUCCAGCUCCAUUAUGUAAUUAAAUUCAAAAUUCCUUCCGUUCCUGUUCCGAUGACAGCGCCCCUACUCUCAGCAUGGUCAGAUGAGUUGCUAAAGGAGCGCUUAUCUGCUGAGAUCAGUGAGUUUGGGAGUUUUGGACAUGGCCAGGCGUUUGAUGAAUCGUCACCGCCUCGUACACAUGUCGAGGAUGACAGUCGACCGACAAGUAGUCAAGUACCGACAAGUAGUCAAGUACCGACAAGUAGUGAUGAAAUCUUGGAAAAGUACUAUGCUGCCGAACGCGCAAUACAUUCUUAUCAAAAGGGCAUUCAGCAGCAGCUUGGCAUCAUGCGUGGUCUGAUCCAUAGAUUGGAUGCGCGAAGAGAAAGAAGUGUACAUUCCCCUCCUGCUGGUCACUCAGGCUAUGCAGCGGAUGACUUUCCCGAGGCCGCGCAUGAUUCACCCUCUGCCCCAUAUGACAUGCCAUUCCAUUGCACCGAAGAAGUACCAGACACUCCUAUUCGGCAUCCACCUAUUAUUGCCGAUGACGAAGUAGUCAUCAUAGACCCCUUACCUUUGCGUUCUAUGACUGUGGCCCCCCGAUCCCAUAGCAUUGGGAGGCAACGGAGAGUGCGUCGGAUGGCUCCGAAUCUAUUGUCACCAUUCAUAGCGCAGGCACAAACCCGCCAUUCUGCCAUCAAGAUGGACCUAAAAGAGGCAGCUGCAACUGUAUUUAAUGGGGACUUGGACCCAAGCGAGGAGCUUGUUGCAAUGCAUGACACAAGUUUAACCAGAGGCAACCUCGCGUCUUUCCAGGGAGACUGUUGGAUUGGCAAUGAUGUCGUUGAUGCAUUUUGCCGAAUGUUGCAAUUCGACGAUCAAUCAAGGACAAAACUAUUUCUCUCCCCCUACAUAGCUGAAAUGGUGAUGCGUUCCAACGCAAAACAUUUGACGCACGAUGCAAUUAUUGCGCGUUUCGAUCCAUAUAUGUAUGCCUUUGAUGGUUCGUAUCAGAAUGUUACUCAGGUCUACUUACCGGUCCUUUUCAAAAACCAUUGGACACUUUAUGUCUAUGACCUACAUAACAAACGAAUCCAGCUCUUGGAUUCUCGGCCUGGAAGAAAAAGGAGUUGUAUGAGUGGAAUACAACAAAAUUUGGCCAAGGUUGUUCUAUGGCUUGUUGCCAACAAGAAAGAAAUGGUUGCUGUAGACUUGAACAUGUACAGUUUUGUCAUGCCAGACGUACCAUGCCAACCAAAUGACAAUGACUGCGGCGUUUUUAUUAUGAAAUUCAUGGACAACUGGUCCAAUGGGGGACUCUCCAAAUCCAUCGAUGUGGCCAAGAUUAAGAAGUAUAGAUUGAAGCUACUGGGCAGAUUAUUGCUUUCAUCACAGAAUGCACAUCGGCAUCGAUUUAUGGCAGUUUGAGUUACACUUUUCAAUAGGAUGUGACGAGGAUUUGUAAAGAUGAGUGUACAUUCUACAGGAAAAACUAACUCCUCCCAUUGUAUUGUGAAUAUUAUGGUUUAUAUAUUUAAUGAAGGUUAUGAUGAAGUCGCAUU